AUGUACAGUGGAAUAUGCAUCUGUGUACUACUUGCAGUGCUGUCUGCAAGUUCCACGGGACAGCAAACAGUGGGCUCUAUGAAUGAAGACACUGGGGUCCGUGAAAUAGAACAGCAGAACAUAUUACAGCACCCACGACAUAUCCGUGCCUCCUCUUCAGGCCAGUUAAAGUCCCUCCAGCGCAUUGAUGGAAAUGGUGACCAAAAAGCCAUUUUUGGAGCAAUGUUGGCUAAAUAUCUGCAGACCAGGAAAGGUAAGAUGAGACUUUUUGUGUCAUAUUCCACAAAUUUACCUAGCUCACGCUGUUUUCAUGUGAAAAGAAAUUUCCCUCCAGUGGCAUAA